AAAAUGACAACUCCUUGUUUUGUAGGGUUCUGGCAUCUUCCAGCAUUCCUCUUCUAUCAAAUAUGUGCAGAUCUUUCGGGUACAGAACAAACUGGGAAAAAAAGAACAACAUCACCUAUCCUCCACAAGGGCCAGAUGAGCCUCGAAGACCAGCAGAAGUAUACCACAGUCGAAGAGAUGUCAAAUAUGACAAGGAUAAGAUGUGGUACCUGGCCAAGUUGAUACGGGGAAUGACCAUUGAUGAGGCACUGGCUCAGUUGGAAUUCAACGAUAAAAAGGGUGCAAAAAUAAUCAAAGAGGUUCUUCUGGAAGCCCAGGAACUGGCAGUGAGAAAAUAUAAUGUAGAAUUUAAAUCCAAUUUAUACAUUGCUGAAUCAUUUUCUGGAAAAGGACAUUAUUUAAAAAGAAUCCGCUACCAUGGCAAAGGCUGUUUUGGGAUUAUGGACAAAGUCAAAUGUCAUUAUUUCGUGAGAUUAGUUGAAGGACCACCUCCACCUCCAGCACCUGCAAAAACUGGAUUUGAUCAAGCUAAGGAGUACGUUGAACAACUUCGGAAACGAACCAUAAUUAAUACACUAUGACAGCUCUCAUAAGAGUAUAUCUGUUUUUCCUUUUUGAUUUAAAAAAUGUAAAUAAAGUACAUUUUAUAAAUACA